AUGAGCACUGUUUUUGGUAAGUACAACCUGCACAAGAUCGAUCCGGCAGUCGGAGACAAGUUUGACCCCAACCUUCACGAGGCCGUCUUUACCGUCCCUCUCGGAGCAAAUAACCAACCAAACACCAUCGCCAAUGUGACCAAAGUGGGCUAUCGCCUGCAAGAGCGAACCCUGCGGCCGGCCUUUGUGGGUGUAUUUGUGGCCUCCUAG